AUGUUGGCACACUUUGGAAUGUUAAGGAUCAAACACAUCUUGUUUGAUGAUAAUCUGGAUAAGGUGGUUCCGUUGAGCAAAAGCGAAGAGAAGAAACCAGCUGUUGCUGAUGAUGAUGGGUCAGCUACUGAUUCGCCGUCUGCGUCAGACCCUCUCACGAAGACCGUACCAGAUCUUGUGAAGCACGAUCAGAAUGAAAGAGCUAUGGGAAUCAUUAUCGCGAACAUCGAUAAUGUUGUCUUACGAAAGAUUAAGCAUUGCACAACAGCAGCUGACAUGUGGGCGUUGUUGGAUCGCUUGUAUACCGAGAGCUCUUUACCAAAUCGAAUUCAUCUACAAAUGAAGUUCUACACGUUCAAGAUGAAGGAAACGAUGACUGUUGAUCAAACGGUUGAUGAUUUCUUGAAGAUUGUUGCUGAGAUGGGAAAUCUUGAGAUUGAAGUAUCUGAUGAGGUUCAAGCAAUAUUGUUCUUGACGUCUCUCUCACCAGGCUUUGAUCAGUUGAAGCACACCCUGAAAUAUGGAAGAGAAACUCUGAAGCUUGAAGAUGUUAUCUCAGCUGCAAAAUCGAAAGAAAGAGAGUUUCCUGAAGGUCAAAGGAGUGACAAGGGAUCAGCUUUGUAUUCUGAAGAUAGAGGUAGAUCCUCAACAAAAGGAAAGUCUGAUAGGAGCAGGAGUAGGUCGAAUUCAAAGAGUAAAUUGACUUGUUGGUUCUGUAAAAAGGAGGGACACCUAAAGAAAGACUGUUUUGCGAGAAAGAAGAAAUUACAAAAUGAAGGUCUAGGAGAAGCUGGAGUUAUCAUUGAGAAACUUGUGUUCACAGAAGCACUAAGUGCAAACGAUCAAGAUUCAAAGGAGCAGUGGGUUAUCGAUUCUGGUUGUACCUAUCACAUGACAUCAAGGAAGGAUUGGUUCUCGGAGUUCAAUGAGAAUGCAAGCACAACAAUUCUUCUUGGAGACAAUCACACCGUUGAAUCAAAAGGGUGUGGAUCCGUGAAACUCAGAACUAAUGGUGGCUCUAUCAAAGUUCUGAAUAAUGUGAGGUAUGUUCCUAAUCUCAGAAGGAAUCUGAUAUCUACUGGAACUCUAGAUAAGCUAGGAUAUACUCAUGAAGGUGGAGAUGGUGUAGUUAGCUUCUUUAAGAAUAAGAAGUUAGCUCUGUGUGGUAUUCUGAAGAAUGGGUUGUAUAUCCUAGAUGGCAGAACAUCUAUGAGUGAGGCUUGCAAUGUAGAAUUGUCAAAGAAUAAGACGGCAUUAUGGCACAGCAGACUAGGACAUCUAAGUCUGAAUAAUAUGAAGAUCUUAUCAGGAAAAGGCUUGCUGGAGAAGAGUGACGUGAAAGAUUUAUCUUUCUGUGAGCAUUGUGUUAUGGGAAAGUCUAAAAAGCUGAGCUUCAAUGUGGGGAAGCAUGACACAGAAGACGCUCUUGGAUAUGUUCAUGCUGACUUAUGGGGAUCGCAGAAUGUAACUUCAUCUCAUUCUGGAAACAAGUACUUCUUGUCUAUCAUAGAUGACAAGACAAGGAAAGUUUGGUUGAUGUUUCUCAAGACAAAAGAUGAGACAUUCAAGAACUUUUGUGAGUGGAAAGAUCUCGUUGAGAAUCAGAUUGAUAAGAAGGUCAAAGUUUUGAGAACAGACAAUGGCUUAGAGUUUUGCAAUACAAGGUUUGAUGAGUAUUGCAAGAGGCACGGGAUUGAAAGGCAUAGAACAUGCACUUACACACCGCAGCAGAAUGGAGUAGCUGAGAGAAUGAACAGAACAGUGAUGGAGAAGGUCAGAUGUCUACUUGAUGAAUCAGGUUUAGGCGAAGUCUUUUGGGCAGAAGCAGUUGCAACAGCAGUCUACUUGAUUAACAGAUCACCAUCUUCUGCAGUGGAUCACAAUGUACCAGAACAGUUUUGGUUAAACAGAAAACCAGGUUACAAGCAUCUGAGAAGAUUUGGGUCUGUUGCAUAUGUUCAUCAAGACCAGGGAAAGCUCAAGCCUAGAGCUUUGAAAGGUGUAUUCUUAGGCUAUCCUCAAGGCACUAAAGGAUACAAGAUCUGGUUGAUUGAAGAAGAAAAAUGUGUGACUAGCAGAAACGUGAUAUUUCAUGAAGACUUGGUGUUCAAGGAUUUGAAAUCUGAAGGAAGGAUUCAACAAGUUUCUAGAGCUUAUCCAUCCAUAAGAGAGUUUACAGAAAACUCUCCUGAAGAUGUUACUGAAAAAGAGACUACAAAGAUUGCAGAAAGUUCUAGUGCAGGUGGAGCUAUUCCAGUUAGCUCAAGUGAUUCAGAAUCAGAAGAACCUGAAAAUAACGGUGAAACAGAGACAAGUGCAGAGCCGCAGAGUUAUUGUCUUGCAAGAGAUCGACCCAGGAGAGAGAUUAAACUUCCAGUGAAGCUUAAUGACUAUACUGAAUUUGGUUUUGCUCUGUUAGCAGCAGAAAACGUUGAUAUAGAAGAACCUCAAUGCUAUCACGAUGCAAAGAGGAGUGAAGAUUGGGUCAAGUGGAAUGAUGGAAUGAUUGAUGAGAUGAAAUCUCUGUGGAAGAACAACACUUGGAUCAUUGUUGAUAGACCUAUAGACAAAAAGGUUAUCAGCUGUCGUUGGUUAUAUAGAAAGAAACCAGGAAUUCCUAUGGUUGAACCUGAGAGGUUUAAAGCUCGAGUUGUAGCUAGAGGGUUCACGCAAAGAGAAGGAAUUGACUAUGAUGAGGUAUUUGCUCCAGUAGUGAAACAUAUUUCCAUCAAAAUCUUGAUGUUUUUGGUCGUUCAAGAGAAUUUGGAGUUGGAGCAAAUGGAUGUGAAAACAGCGUUCUUACAUGGAGACAUUGAUCGAGAGCUUUACAUAGAACAGCCUGAAGGGUUUGAGGUAAAUCCUGAAAAGGAUCAAGUCUGUUUAUUGAAGAAGUCGCUUUAUGGAUUAAAGCAAGCUCCACGACAAUGGAACAUGAAGUUUGACACUUUUAUGAAGAAUCAGAAGUUCACCAGGAGUAUACAUGAUUCUUGUGUAUAUGUGAAAGAGGUUGGACAUGAAGAUUACAUCUAUCUUCUCUUAUAUGUUGAUGAUAUGUUCCUGGCUGCUAGGAGUAUGACAGAGAUCAGGAAGCUAAAGAAUGUUCUAAGUCAAGAGUUUGAGAUGAAGGACAUGGGUGCAGCAAGCAGAAUACUGGGAAUCGACAUUAAGAGAGAUAGAGAAAAGGGAACUCUAUGUUUAUCUCAAUCAAGAUACAUAGAGAAGGUUAUACAAAGGUUCAACAUGAGUGGGGCAAAGAUUGUUACUACUCCGAUUGGUGCACAUUUUAGGCUUUCAUCUACAAAAGAAGAUGAAGAAGGCGUUGAUAUAGAGAUUGUACCAUACUCAAGUGCAGUCGGAAGCAUUAUGUACGCUAUGGUGGGAACUCGUCCUGAUGUAGCUUAUGCUAUUGGACUUGUGAGCAGGUUUAUGAGUAAACCAGGAGCAGUACAUUGGGAGGCUGUCAAGUGGCUACUAAGAUACUUGAGAAGUUCUACAGAUCUAAAUCUGGUCUACACCAAAGGCGAAAAUUUCAGAGUUCAAGGAUAUUGUGACUCUGAUUAUGCAGGAGAUUUAGACAGGAGAAGAUCAAUUAGUGGCUAUGUGUUUACAGUCGGAGGUAAUACAGUAAGUUGGAAGUCAAGUUUGCAGUCAAUUGCAGCUUUAUCUACUACAGAGGCUGAGUAUAUUGCUCUUACAAAAGCUGUUAAGGAAGCAAUAUGGAUUCGAGGUUUAUUGAUUGAUAUGGGUUUGAAAGCAGAAAAGGCUUCGGUUUGGUGUGACUCUCAGUCAGCUAUAUGUUUGUCUAAGAACAAUGCAUUUCAUGAAAGGACAAAACAUAUGGCUACUAAGUUCAAUUUCAUCAGAGAUAUCAUCGAGGAAGGAGAAGUGGAAGUUCUGAAAAUCCAUACAUCUGAGAAUCCUGCAGAUAUGCUUACUAAAGGCAUUCAUGUGAAGAAGUUUGAUUCAGCUUUAGAGUUUCUAAAGUUGAUCAGGUGA